AAAAGUCAUUGGUUUGGGUUCUCUCCCCUAAAACCCUCAACUUUCUGAAUUUUCAACAAUGCAAAUCACAUUAUUAACUUCAGGCUUUGUAGACUUUUUAGGUCACUGAUUAAAUGGGUCAGUUUUGAAUCGUAAAGAAAAAGAGUGAUUGAGAGUUUUGAGAUGGGUCAAGAAAGUAUUUGUAAAGAAACUAAUGCUGAAGAUGGGCUAGUAAAGUGUAGUUCUUUGGUGAGUUUUGAUGGUGUUUUUAAUGAUUCUGUUGAUUUUGAUGUGAAUGGUGGUAAUGGGAUUAGUAAAGUUGUAGACGAUGUUGAAAAGGAUGUGGAGGGUAGUAGUGGUAGAAUGGAGGAUGGUGGGGGUGUUGUGAGAAGUGUUGGGAUUGUGGGUGUUGAAGGGACUGAAGUUAGGAGUGGUGUAAUGUUGAGUGUUGAGUGUCGAGGUGAUGCGAGUCGUGAGAUUGGUGGUGGAGAAGGGGAUGGUAUUGUUGGUGGCAGUGAGGUUUCCGGUUUUGGUGGUAAUUGCAGGAUUACUGGUAAUGCGUUGGAAAUUGAUAGUGAUGGUGCAAAAAAUGGCGAAAGAGUGAGUGACGGGGAGAAUGGUGACUCGAGUGAAUCUGAGUCUGAGUAUUCGAGUGGAUCUGAGUCUGAGGACUCGAGUGACUCGAGUGAAUAUGAGUCUGAGACCUCAAGUCUGUCUAUGUCGUCUUCCAGUAGUGAGGAAGAUGAUGAUGUAGAAGAAGAUAGUGAUGAGGAUAAUGAAGGUGAGGUGAAAGAGAAGGCAUGGGAGGAGGUAGAAGUGUAUGCGAAAGGUAUGAUAAAGGAUUUAUUUGUACGGGAAUUGUUUGAUUUGAGUGAUGAAGAGGAAAAAGCUUUUACCAAGGCUGCACUGUUGUCUGCAGAUGAGGUGAAGGUUCUUCCUACCGUUCCUCCUGUAGCUGUGACCUUGCAACCAUGUCAUGAGACCCUUCCAGUAGGAGUUAUAUUGUCGGUUGUGGGUGCUCAACUUAUUGUCGAAGGAGUGGAGAAGCACGAUCCACUGAAUGAGGGUUCCAUUCUCUGGAUUACUGAAAAAAGAUCCCCACUAGGGACAGUUGAUGAAAUUUUUGGACCUGUCAAAAACCCUUACUAUAUAGUAAGAUACAACUCAGACAAUGAAGUCCCUACUGGGAUUCAAAAAGGUACUUUGAUAUCCUUUGUUCCAGAAUUUGUGAAUCAUGUCCUCAACAAUGGCAAACUCUACAAGAAAGGGUAUGAUGCAUCCGGUGAAAAUGAUGAAGAAUUGUCGGAUGAAGCAGAGUUUUCAGAUGAUGAAAAAGAGGCCGAGUACCAGAGGAUGCAAAAAGUGUCUAAAAGAGGGCCAAAAGCUCAAAUUAUUGAAAAUAUGAAAGAUACUAAAAUAAAGGCUAAAAGAAGAGGUGAGCAACAUUUAUCAGCCACACAGCCAAAUAAAAGAGUAGGUCAGGUACCAUCUAAUCAAAGCCAACCAUCAUCAUUGCUAGAUCCACGCAAUUGUUCAAAUUCCUUCUGUCCAGUUCAAGCUUUUCCAGGUGGCUAUGGAUCUUUCCCAAUGUUUCCUCAGGUAACACAGGUCCCCGGUUAUGUUGCACCUUUUAAUGGAGUUUGGAUGAAUAAGAUUCCAUUUCAACCACCACGAAGUAUUGGAUUUCCAAAUGGUUUUUCUGGAUUUCCAAAUGGUUUUACUUCAAAUAACAUACCGCAGUUCCAACUGAAUUAUGCUCAACAACCCUAUCUGAUGCUGCCCUUUAAUGGAAUGCCACUGCAGCAACACUUUAGCACUGGUCAAAUUUUACCUUCCAACUUUGUCCUCCCAGUUGGGCAGCCAAGUUUUGGUGCGGGAGCAACAUUUACACCUUUGAAUCCGAUGAUGAUGAGUCAAAAUAACUCUGGCCAAUUGCAGGCUCCCAUAGGUCAAAACAACUUUUGCCAAUUUCAGGUUCCCAUAAACAUGCAAGGCCAAUAUAGUAUGAACUUCAGUGAAGCACAGGCUCCUGUAGGAUGGCAAGGUCUACAUGUUCCCACACUCACAAGUGAAGGACAAGGUGUUUUGCUCACUGGCUGUCAGAGUGAACAGAAUAGCAAUUCUCAAUCAUUUUCUGCUACUUCAGCUAGUUCCGGGGAUUCUUAGGAUUUUGGUAAUGCAAUGGGAGUUGGGCUUGCAAGGAUUUCACCUCGAAAGGCUGGGAUGGUUUGGAGAGGGAAGAGGAAAGCGAUAAUCCAGGUGAAUGUAAUUUCUUGGCUCCCAUCUUGCCUUUCUCAAAGAGUCUAUUCAUUUCCUUUCUCAAGAGACUUGUAGAUGUUUUAAUUGCCGAGUAAUUCUUGUAAUUCAGUUCACUUUUCAGAACAUGCCAGUUCAAGGUUUUGGGUAAUGAUUCAUCAAAUUUUAUGUUCCUGAUGAAUCUUAACCUGGCAAAUGACAAUAUAUGUUGUGAUUAGAGUAUAUAACUCAUAUAAGUUUUGUAAUAUUGUAAAUCUCGCCGGUGCAUUUGAUUUGCGAA